AUGGUAGUGUCACUCUUUGUAUCCACCCUGGGUCAGCUGCGUACUCUCAUUGUAGAGGCCCAGUCGAGAGGCCUCAGGUUUGUUUAUGCGCUGUCUCCUGGUCAGGACAUAGUCUUCUCCUCUUCCUGCGACUUGACUCUACUUAAACGCAAACUAAGACAGCUAUCAGACCUGGGUUGCCAGGCGUUUGCCAUUCUGUUCGGUGACAUUGAUCACUCCAUGUGUCAAGCCGACAGCGAGGCCUUCACUUCAUUUGCCCACGCUCAGGUCACAGUAACCAAUGAGAUUUAUCGGUUCUUGGGGGAACCCCCUGUCUUCCUGUUCUGCCCUACAGAGUACUGUGGUUCUUUCUGUUCUCCCAGUGUAUCCAAGUCUCCCUACCUGCAAACUGUGGGAGAAGACCUGCUGCCUAACAUACCAGUAAUAUGGACAGGAUCUUCAGGGAUAAAACCUGUGGCUGUAAUCCAUGUUGUCUGAAGAACUAGAGGCGGAGAAAAAAAACAAGCCAUAAAAAACAGAAAAAAGUGAGUACAAGUAUGAAAAAAAGAAAAUCAAACAGAGGCUAGUCUGACCUCUUCCAAUCUCUUCUGAAUGUCCGACUCUGACAGCUUAAGAAAUGACCGCAGCCUCGCAUUGAGUCCAAUAAUAGAAUCUGUAUACACAAAAA